CCUAUAACUGAAACAAUGGACGUGCAACAAUUCCCGGCCUCUGCCCUAGAGGUGAAAGGUGAUGAGCGUGGAAGGGACCCACCUGGCCCUUUACCCUUGGGCGGAAGAGGAUUUCCCACCAAGUGCCAUGCCCACCGGCCAGGCUGCCCCCUGCCUCCCACCUUGAUCUUACUUCCUCCCGCCCAGCGUGUGCAGUUGCCUGGUUGGGCACACACCCCUGUGAUACUUGAGUGUCAUCUGAACAUUUAUUGAGCACCAAGUGUGUGCCAGGACUGGGGGGCUCAGGAGCAAACGACAUAAAGUCCUUUACCCCUCGGAGCACUGGGCGGGAGGAGGAGGCGCUUCACCUACGAAGUGUGGGCACGCAAUUCCAAACGAUCCAAAGACUCCGAGGCCGGCCACCCGCCUGCUUUCUGGCGGGACCGCGAACUUCCCCUGGAAGUUGUUCAGAGGGACAAGGGAAGAAAAUAACUUGCCCCACUGGCAGGAACCUAGGUCCACCACGACUCGGGAGCGUCCUGGAACCCCCAGCCCGAGCCAAGUCCCCGCCCCCUCCCACAGCCUCCCACGCGGGCCCGCGAAGCCCCGCCUCUCGCUGUCCGGCCAAUGGGCGCGUUGCCCCGUGUCCAUCUCGGCUCCCCUCCGCCCCGCCCAGGAGGGUUCGGGGCUGGAGGCCGUUGCAGGUCGCGGGUCGCGGCAAUCUGAGGGGUGAGGAAAAGUCUGGAAAAGCCUGGUCACGUACCCCGGGUCACACAGUGAAUUUGGGACAGGGGAACGUGAUCUUCCACCGUAUGCCAAGCAAGCUUUCAUGGUGGGCCUGCAGUCUCUUGCUGGGAAGAACCUGAUCCUGGAGCCUGAAGAUCUCAGUUCUUUGCCCUUCAACUAACCAUCCACCCACCCUUCCCGGUGGCAAAGCCCCCGCCACCUCUCUCUCUCUUCAGCACCUGAGCAGCGAUGACGUUUGCCGAGGACAAGACCUAUAAGUAUAUCCGCGACCAUCACGGCAACUUUUGCCAUAUUGAUGUUCUGGAGAUUCUACCUUACUUGUCCUGCCUUACAGCAAAUGACCAGGAUCGUCUGCGGGCCUCCUACACACGCCUGGGCAACCGGGACACGCUAUGGGAGCUCUUCAACAGCCUUCGACGGCGCAGUGGCUGGGUGGACUCCCUCAUCAGGGCACUGAGGGACUGCGAGCUGGCCAGUCUCGCCGACGAAGUAGCCACUGUCUACCAGAGCAACCUGCCCCGGGUCGCAAACCGUCCUCCAGGGGUCUCAAACCAUCCUCCAUCCCCACCAGAGCCGCCGUCCGACCUUGCUGAGGUUCCAGGGCCCUCCACACCCUCCACGGCCCCCAGCACUCCCUACAAUGGCUGCAGAGAGGAAGAGCCAAGUUACCCCAUGCCUGUCCAAGACACCUGGCCACCAGAGUCCCUGGGAAAGAGCUCAGAACAGGCCCUGCAGACCCACAGCUCUGGGGCUGGACUGCCCUCUCCCCACAGUCCCUCCUCUGACCUGGCAGCCCUCAGCCCUGAGCCCUCCAGCAAGCAUCAGGAGCAAGACACAGACCCGGGCAGUACCCACGCAACAGGCAUGGUCUCCAGUCUUCCAUCACCGUCACCCCGUGGGCCUGUGUCUCCAUCUGUCUCCUUCCAGCCUCUGGCCCGCUCCACCCCCAGGGCAAGCCGCUUGCCUGGACCUCCAGGGUCCACUCCAUCCACUGGCACCUCCUCCUCCACUCCUGCCAGCUUGGCUUCUGCCAGCUUGGCUCCUGCAGAGGGUGCUGGUGACCAGGCCGAGGCUACCCUCUACCCCAGUGAGGCAGGGGCUCUCGCCAGCUCUGUGACCGCCAGCCUGGCACCCUCCAAGGUGCCCACCAGCUUGAUGCCUGGGAACACAGCACCCUCCAGAUUGCCUGUCAACUCAGCAUUGGCCAGCACAGUGCCCUCCAGGGUGCCCGCCAGCUCGAAGCCCCCUGGUACAAAGCCCUCUAAUGUGCCCACUAGCCCAGCACCGUCCAGGUUGCCCACCCACUCGCGUGCUGGCACGGUGCCAUUCAGAGUGCCCACUGGCGUGGGGUCUGACCACAGGAUGACCACCGGCGUGGGGCCCAACGCAGGGCUCGCCAACACGGUGCCCACUGGCAGGAGCAGCAGCAGAUUGGAGGAGGAGACCCCAGCUGCUCCAGCACCUGCAGGCGCCAGAGGCAGGUCGGAGAUCUGUACCUCUGGGCUGGGGUCAGAGCUGAGCAAGCCUGGAGUGCUGGUGUCUCGGAUGGACAGCCAGCCAUUAUCAGUCUGCUCUGAGGACCUUGCCAUCAGCCGCAGCAACUCCCUGGACGUGGGGCCCAACAACGCCCCUGAGGUGCCCCCAGGCACCUUUGGGAACCACAUGGCUGAGACCCCCAGUGCCGACCUCCUGGGGGACAACCCCCGGCCGGGCCCCACCAUGCAGAUCGCAGAGGAGGAGGUGCCAUGCAGCAGGACUACCUUCCUCCCUGCGUGGCUCGGGGUGGCGGUGGCCGGGGCAUUUCUAGCCACUGCCCUGACUGUGCUGUACCGGCGGCACCAGCUCCAGUGAAGCCCCUCGGGCCCUCCACCCCAUAUUUGCUCCCUCUGCAGCCAUGCCCCCAGCCCUCCCUCUUGUCACUUUCACGGGGCUGGCAGGGGCUAGGUCUGAGGGGAAGACAGGCCAUUUGCCUGUACCCAGGACCGUGGGCGUGGUGGGAAGCAGUGCAGGUGCUGGACCGAGUCCUGGGAGGCAGCAUAUGGGUCCCAGCUCAUGCCCUUUGCAAGUCUCUUACCAUCUCAGCUUUCUGGGCCCUGGGCUGCCUUGUGGACUCCAGAGCUUGCCCGCCCAGCAAUCUGGAUCCUGCCCCCUGUCAUUCAGAGGAAGUACCCCUUCCAGGCCUUAUCCCUGGAGAGUCAGGAGGUGCUGUUGAAGAGUGCAUGGGGGUUAGCAGUUCCUCCCUCAUCCUGCCCAGAGCUGGCAGAUGGGAGGCCUGAGGGCAGUUGUGUCCACUGGGGAACACCACAGGACCUCGCCCCCACCCCCAGCAGCCUGAGGCUGUAAUAUUGGAGUGGGCAGGAGGCACAGGGCAACCCGUUUCCAAGGACCAGGUUGCUUUGGUCUCGGACAUGUGCCUCCUGUUUCCCUCCCCCACCAGGUGACUCGGGGGGGUCCAGGAGGUACCUUAGAUAGAGGGGAACUUGAGGCAGAUGCCAGGUCUGAGGACCACCUCCCGGAGCUGGCUCCAGCCCUCAACUCCAUCUCCAGGUUCUUCUCCCCCUCCUUCUCCUUGGGCCUUCUCCUGGUUUCCAUCCUCCUCUCCAGCUGCCUGCACGGCUGGGGAAGGAGUGCCUGCCCUGGGACAGAGCUCAGGCAGAGGUUUGGAUUUCAGCUCCACACCUUCCUGGGCUCUGCAUCCUCAGCCAGUCAUCCCACUUCUCUUAUCCCAAUGGGGUCAGUGAGUGUCAUGGCUCUUCCUUCACUGGGUUCUUCUGAGUUUGACACAUACACACGCUUGCCAAGUGCCUGACCCAAAGAGGAUGCCACUAAGUGGUUGUCCCACCUCCCUUGCUCAACCUGGUAGAGAUGAGGGCAUGAAAGGCAGGGAGCCAGAGGACAAGGCCUGAACCCCGCUCUGCUUCUCACCAGCUCUGUGAUCUUGGGAAAGGUAUUAACCUCUCUGUGCCUCAGUUUUCUCACCUGCAAAAUGGAGCUGCAUACUAGUGUGUGUAUCUAUCCUUCUCAUCACAUUGUGGGGAUUAAAUGAGUUUUCUGUAUGAA